GUCGGGCGGCACCUGGGGCGUUCUCCCUCCUCCCAGCUUCCGGCUUGCACGGCGUCGCCCGCUCAGUGCAAGCGGUUCUGCCGCUCCUCCUUCGGAGGCCACCACCGACCUGCGGCUCUCAGGCCUCGAGUCCACUGGGAGGAGGAGGAGGGAGACCGAGUGCACCGCGGAACUCCAGCUCCCGGAGUGCCCGGCGCCGCGCAGGGGCCGGCCGGACCGCCCACGCCCCGCCCUCUUAAAGAGGCCGCGCCUCGCUCUUUGGCCCUGGAGGAGUUGCCCGCGCGGGGAGAGGGCGGUGGCGGUCCUUCGCCUCCCGGUCUCGUCUCCGGUUCCGCGUCUGAUCCGCGUCCCGUCUUUCCCCAGGCGGCCAAGAGAAGGGAUGCGGGGAAGCCCGCGUCCAGAGCUUUGCUCGUGGCGCCGCGGAGCUCCGGAUAGAGGACAUUGAUGCUUGGACUGCACGUCCAGGGCGCGGCUACCUCGUCCCGGCUCAGGAAUUCCCUGCCGAGACCCACAGGGAGCUGCCCUCCAUUGGGGUGGUCAUGCACUGCCACUCACUAGGGCCCUAGCUUCAGCUGAAUGGACCAAGGUAGCCACCAGGAGCUGCCUGUCCCCACAGCUGUCCCCCAGCUUUGCACACUCAGGAGAGAAGUUGGCCUGUUGGGGACCAUCUCGGUUGAGGCAUCUACCUGACAGACCCACCUGGUGGUGCUACUUCAUAAACACUCUAGGCAUCCAAGAGGCACUUACUCCAUCGCUGAGUGUUUGGUUGAAGUGGUUCAGAUGUUGUUGGUGAUCCGGGAAGAAUGGCGUUUUCUUUAGGAAGCUUACGGUGUCCUGCUGACCAUGUGCACAGAAGAUGCAGCCUGACCCGAGCUGCCGCCUGGAGCCCUGGCUGUGCUGGGACCAUGAGGGCCUCGGAGGAGACUCUCUUCUGGAUGCUGCUGCUGGCCCUCUGCUGGGUGGCAAGUGCCACAGAGCAUGCGGAGGUGGCAAAACAUGCCAUCAAGCUGCACCGCGGCAAGGGAGCACCUGCCGCCCAGAGGAGGCAGUGGGCCCUGGACAGCUGCAGGAAGCUCACCGGGCUCCUGCGGCAGAAGCGUGUUGUUCUCCACAAGCUGAAGAGUGCUAUCAGAGCGGUGGAAAAAGACGCCGGCCUGUCCGAUGAAGAGAAGCUGUUCCAGGUGCACACGUUUGAGAUUUUCCAGAAAGAACUGAAUGAAAGUGAGAAUUCCAUCUUCCAGGCCAUCCACGGGCUGCAGAGAGCCCUGCAGGGGGAUUACAAAGACGUGGUCAACAUGAAGGAGAGCAGCAGGCAGCGGCUGGAGGCCCUACGGGAGGCCGCCAUCAAGGAAGAGACCGAGUAUGUGGAACUUCUCGCCGCAGAAAAACAUCAGGUGGAAGCCCUUAAGCACAUGCAGCAUCAGAACAAGAGCCUCUCCAUGCUGGAUGAGAUCCUGGAGGACGUGAGGAGGGCGGCAGAUCGCUUAGAGGAGGAGAUAGAGGAGCAUGCCUUCGAUGACAACAAAUCAGUCAAAGGGGUCAACUUUGAGGCAGUUUUGCGGGUGGAGGAGGAAGAGGCCAGUUCCAAGCAGAACAUCACAAAGCGGGAUGUGGAGGAGGGCCUGGGCUUGAGCAUGCUGAUCGACUCCCAGAACAACCAGUAUGUCCUCACGAAGCCCCGGGACGCCACCAUUCCACGUGCAGACCACCACUUCAUAAAGGACAUUGUCUCCAUAGGCGUGCUGUCCUUACCUUGUGGCUGGCUGUGCACAGCAAUAGGGCUGCCCACCAUGUUUGGGUACAUCAUCUGCGGUGUGCUUCUGGGGCCUUCAGGACUGAACAGCAUCAAGUCCGUGGUCCAGGUGGAGACCCUGGGAGAGUUCGGCGUCUUCUUCAGUCUCUUCCUCGUGGGCCUGGAGUUCUCCCCGGAGAAGCUGAGAAAGGUGUGGAAGAUAUCCCUACAAGGACCGUGCUACAUGACCCUGCUGAUGACGGCCUUCGGCCUGCUGUGGGGACACCUCCUGCAGAUCAAACCCACUCAGAGCGUCUUCAUUGCCACCUGCCUGUCCUUGUCUAGCACUCCCCUGGUGUCCAGGUUCCUUGCAGGCAGUGCCCGGAGUGAUAAAGAAGCAGGUGACGGUGACUACAGCGCCCUUCUGCUGGGCAUGCUGGUGAUGCAGGACGUGCAGCUGGGGCUGUUCAUGGCUGUCAUGCCGGCGCUCAUACAGGCGGGAGCAGCCCCGUCCUCCAGCGUGCUCGUGGGAGUGCUGCGCACGCUGCUCCUGGCUGGCCAGACCCUCUUCUCCCUGGCUGCGGUCUGUCUGCUGUGUCUCCUCCUGAAGACGUACCUCAUAGGACCCUUCUGCCGGAAGCUGCACGUGGAGAGCAAAGGGAACAAGGAGGUCCUCGUCCUGGGCGUGUCUGCCUUCAUCUUCCUAAUGCUGACGGUCACGGAGCUGCUGGACGUGUCCAUGGAGCUGGGCUGCUUCCUGGCCGGAGCUCUGGUCUCUUCCCAAGGCCACAUGGUCACUGAAGAGGUCAUGGCCUACCUGGAGCCCAUCCGUGACUUCCUGGCCAUCGUUUUCUUCGCUUCGAUAGGGCUGCAUGUGUUCCCCACCUUCGUAGUGUACGAGCUCACGGUGCUGGUGUUCCUCACCCUGUCGGUGGUGGUCAUGAAGUUUGUGUUGGCAGCACUGGUCUUGUCUCUCAUCCUGCCGAAGAGCAGCCAGUACAUGAAGUGGAUCAUCUCUGCAGGGCUGGCCCAGGUCAGCGAGUUCUCCUUUGUCCUGGGGAGCCGGGCGCGGAGAGCAGGCAUCAUCUCCCGGGAGGUGUACCUCCUUAUACUAAGUGUGACCACACUCAGCCUUCUGCUGGCCCCUGUGCUGUGGAGAGCUGCCAUUACAAAAUGUGUGCCCAGAUCGGAGAGGCGGUCCAGUCUCUGACCACGCUGGGCGUUGAGCAACUCUGGGACGACUUGGAGGAGGUGUGUGCUGGUGUCAGCCCGAGUGCCGUCAGCAAGGAGCAGUGUCCUCCCGUCUGCCUGUUGGCACAGGCUCCUACUGUUGCGGAAGUUCCUGGCAUGACUGUCUUGCACUUGUGCACAGUAGGACUGAGGCACUGGCUCACGGGUGCCUCCACUGUUUUGCCUCGAUGUGCCUUUUUUUCUGAAGUUAUUAUUAAUUUCUAUUGUUAAUUCAUCAGUUAAUUAUUUUUUGUAAAGAAAAAAAUUAGGAAAAUUUUUAUUGUGCAACUUUAGAAUUAUAAUCUGUUAGUCAACUACUUGUUAUUAAACCUGUCUGUGCUGAAAUCUUAA